CGCACGGUCGAGGCUCACGGAUGGCCGGCAGACUGAAUCGCACAGACGAUGAGCAGAGCGGGGUGAGCAGCAGAUCAUCUCCUCGUUCCGUAUCUAUACCUCUUCUUCCAUCUCCAUCUCCAUCGAUCGGUGUGAUCAUCGGCCAUCUGCUGCACCCUUUUGCUGCCUUGGUAGUGGCCCUGGGCGCACAUAUACUCCUAUCGGCCCGCCGUGCCUGGCCCUGGCGCUGAACUUCAUUGCCGCCUGACGUGGCCCCUCUUGGCAAUCCCAGCGGCCUUCAUCAUCCUCGGUAGCCCGGACAUCAAUUCUACCCCUUCCCUCUCUCCAUCAUUGGCUUAGCACCUCCUACAAGCCAGUCAGCCAACCAUGGCCAACGUCACUGGCAACCCUCUUAGUCUCUACGAGGCAGAAUGCCCCGCAGGUCUCGGAAGUACUGCAUGUGGUCAGGCCACCUGCGACUCUCCCUUUCUCACCCCUGACACUCGUACCGUCAAGCCAGCAGCUGAUAAGACCUGCUCUACCUGCACGACAGGCUUCGAGGGCUUCAACUGUAAUAUAUGCUCUUCUGCACCCGGAUCAUGUGCAGCAGCUCGAGCUGCUGUGGGAGCCAAGGCUACUUUGCCGCUGGGUAGCACCAUCGUGGAUCCUACCUACAAUGGCUCGUACACCUACUCCAGUGAUGCUCUUGUCUGCCACAAGCAGCCUGACACGAUCACCACCACAUACGUCAACUGUGAUAUCCAGCAGCCGACCCUGUCCAGCCUGUUCGGCGGAGCCAACUUCACAAUGACUCUCAUCAAGGUGGCCCAGCCAGACAACACUAGCAUGACGGGUCUGCCUUCUUGGACAGGGGCGCAAGGUGGUACCACUCUUUCGCAGGUCUGGCUGGAUGGUCAAGAGCAAUUCUACUGCCAAUCCACGGGCUGCACUUCCAGCAACUCCUCGAGCCCCAUCGGAUCCACUGCCUCCACGGUCAACAACGCCACUGCUGCCUUGGGUUCAAACGUCUGGUCUUGCGAGACGACAGAGUGCCAUUGCGCGGCCAACUCAACAUUCUGUGGAAGUGGAGCCACCGUGGGCGUCAAUCUUGGAAACGUCAUUACUAGUCUAAGCGGAACUCUUGUGAUGCCAUGCAAUUACGUUGACUCGGCUAGUGGAGAUGCUUCUGGCAAUUGUCAAUUUCAGAGCCAGAUGAUCGAAGGCAUCCUGGGUUCGAAUGGCAUACCUUUGGUCAAUUGCCAAUUCGGCUCGUGUGUCUCAGAGUCGCAGCAAAACUACUAUUAUCGGGUUCAGGAAGACUUGAAAGGCUCCUCGUCGAAUUCCGGAACCCACCUCAGCGGACCAGUCAAGGGCGCCAUUGCAGUCCUCGCCGUCAUUGUCGCCGCUCUGUUGGGCUUCCUCGUCUGGGGCUUCCUCGGCCGUCGUCGGGCCAAGUCUGUUCCAAGGCGAGAGGAUGGAGGACCCCCAGUGGGAAUCAGCUGGGAACACAUCAGCUAUGUCAUUGAUGGGCACAAGAGCGCCCGUGGCAAGCUCGGCGGCCGCUUCUCUCGAUCUCACAGUGGUAGCGCAGAGGAAGGCGCGGCUGUUGCCGCUGUUGACUCUACCGAAUUCGGCGCUUCUCCGAGCCACGGUGGCGCUACCUCCCAUGCACACAAGGACCACACUAUCCUACGUGAUGUUUCGGGACACGCACCCGCUGGUCACCUCAUCGCAGUUCUCGGUCCUUCUGGUGCUGGUAAGACGACUUUGGUUGAGCUUCUUGCUGGUCGAGACAAGAUGGGCAAGAUGACUGGUGAUGUCAAGCUGCAAAGUGGUCCCAUGGCUGGUGGGCAUGGCCCAUCGAGCGAGAAGUCCUCGAUGGAAGCCGUACAUGAUUUCUCGGCUGAGGCAUCAGGUCGCCGCCUCAUUGCCUUUGUUGAUCAAGAGGACCAGCUGCCUGAAUUUUCUACCGUUCGUGAAGCUCUUGCAUUCGCUGCUGAGCUUUCUUUGCCAGAGAAUGUGACAUCGGAAGAAAAGGCCAAUAUCGUCGAGGCGACAUUGAACACCCUGGGUUUGGACGCCAUCAAGGACCGACUGAUUGGAUCUCGUCGUCACCGAGGAAUCUCCGGAGGAGAGAAGCGCCGAGUCUCUAUCGGUAUCGCACUCGUGGCACGACCUCGCAUCUUGGUGCUCGACGAGCCCCUGUCCGGGCUAGAUGCGUACAAUGCUGCUAGAGUCAUUGCCGCACUGCGUGCCCUGGCCUACAAGGGAGACGGGUCUACCACUGUCAUUAUGACUCUGCACCAGCCCUCCUCGGACAUCUUCUACAAGUUUGAUCGAAGCAUCUUCCUCGCAAAGGGCAAGACAUUCUACGAUGGCGCUCCAGAUGAGGCGCUACAGUGGUGCGCUCAACAGAACCGGGCAUGCCCCCCUGGCUACAAUGUGGCCGAUCAUCUGCUAUACAUGAGCUCCGAAGGUUCUCGACAGGGAGUUUCGCAGCGCAGCGGAGGUAAACAGGCCCAUGGCUCUCCUUACGGUGGUCUUGGACAGGAAUCAGGAUCUCCUGCUGCAUCUGCGCUAUCUUCUGGAGGAGAAAAGCGGUCGGUGGAUCAGGAGGGCACCACCAUCAAUGCUGCACCACUGCGGGGCUCGGCCACGUCCACUACCUGGUUCACCCAGUCCCUUGCAAUUUCGCGACGGUACCUCCGCAACAUCACUCGCGACUCAGCAGGUCCCAUUGCCCACCUAGGUGUGCACAUCGCCGUGGGUCUCUUUGUCGGAGGCGCCUUCUUCAAGGUGCAGAAGACCAUUGGCGGCUUUCAGAAUCGCAUCGGCUCCAUCUUCUUCCUCUACACUCUCAUGCUCUUUGCCUCACUGUCGGCCAUUACGUACAUGGCCUCGGUAAGGGCUUUGAUGGUCAGGGAGAGGGCCGAUGGGCUGUACUCGGCCUUUGCCUGGCUGGCGGCACAUCUGCUCUACGACCUGCUGCUGCUCCGCAUCGUGCCUGGCAUCUGCUUGUCCAUCAUCGUCUACUUCAUGGUCGGCCUCAAGGCAGAAGUUGCAAACUUCUUUGAGUUCCUGCUCAUCUCGGUCAUCUUCUACAUCGUCGUCUCCUUAUACAUGAUGACUCUCGGCGCCGUCUUCGAAGACCUGAGCAUCGCCGUCCUGCUAGGAGGCGGGUUUGUCCUCUUCAAUAUUGGCUUUGCUGGGUUCAUGCUCAACCUCAACACUCUCCCUGACGUGGUGAAAUGGGUGCAAUGGAUCUCUCCAAUGAAGUAUGCUCUCGAAGCUGUGACCAUCAACGAGAUCAAUGGCUUGACCAUUGAGGACUCCCUCAGUGGCGUACCCUUCGACGUGCCUGCAUCUUCCAUCGCAAACAGCCUCUUUGGCUUGACCGGCUCCUACUACCGCGAUUUGCUGGUCUUGGCACUGGCCUUCACCCUCGGCUUUGCUGCCAUCCUGACCCUGGCUGUCUGGCAGAAGAUGAGAGACGGGCGAUGAGCUCCGAAGUACGCUCAGCUCUGCCCUAUAUUCUCCCGGUUGUGAUAUCGUCAUUGAUAGUCUGUGCUUGGUGUCACCUCCUUUUCUGUAUCUUUACUCUUGUGUCAGUCUCAAUCUACACUGUCUCUCUCC